AUCCACAUUUACUGGAUUGGUGGAACAAGGCAGAAGAUAACCGUCUGCGACCUUGUAAAUAUCAUUGGUCAAAUAAUGACCUCGGUCAUUGGGAAAGUUGAAUCUCUUUCGAAAGAUAUCCAAGUUCCCGACUUGGAAUUCCGACGUGGAUUACCGUUCAAAACUAUUUUCCCAUUCUGAGCUUGUCUUUUCCCGAGUACAUAGUUGUCUUGAACGCACUUAAGUCAGAAGUCUGAGAUUUACGAGUUGGUUUGAACGCGACAAUGUCUGACCUACGUCACAGUCUCUGAAGCGCUGUCAGCUGGUGAAUUCCACUCCAAAUCGCGAGGAGACUUGACUUUGGGCCGUAGCCGAAAAAAAAAAAAAACUUAACGGAAAUAUUUGCUCCACUGAACUCUGGAUAGGCUACUUCAGGGUUUUGGACUCUACAACACAGUCCAACCGCUUUUUGAUUGAGACUCUUGAUGUUGAUUUAUUUGGUCAAUUCGGGAAAUUUACGGAUAAAAUAACAAGGCGAGGUUUCGCGUGUUGGACCGAGAGCCGGUCCAGAGACCCAGUGCUCUGCUCAGCCCUGCGGUCAUGUUCGGAACAAGAAAGACCUGGGACCUUGGCCACACCCCCUGUCUGCAGGAGCUCUGGAAGAAAGACGUCUCAUUGGAUGCGAGCUCUGUGGACUUUUUUGAGUGAUGGUGAGGAGGACUGCUCCUUCCUGUCUCUACCCGCAGCCGCUUUCCCACAACACACCGCUCUGACCACUACUGACCAAUUAGAAACCAGCCAGCACAACCACGACCAACAGCUACUCAUACAGAAGGUCACCUGGUCCUGUUCCUGGACAUCUGCCUAUGAGAAAGUGUGCGAGUUCCAGGCGCGUCUGCGACGCGAGGAAGCUUCCCGGUGUCUGCAGCUGCAGAGACUGCAGCAGAGUCACGAACAGAGUCCGCAGGAGAAGACUAACGUCAUACACACUCGACAAGAGGAGCUGCACACAGCCCUGCCAAACGGUGUUCGGGCAGUGCAGAGGCUGGGUGAGCCACAGGAGCAUCAGCAGCACAGCAUCCGUCUCAUUCAGGAAGGAGAGCAGCUCAUCGCAGCGCUGCGCACACAGGUGGGGGAGCUGGAGGAGAAGCUACUAGACCAGAACCAGGAGGUGGAGAGACUGCGCUCGGAGCUGGGGGCGACCGACCUGGAGAAGCACCUGGAGCUGCUGGUGGUCGAGAACGAGCGGCUGAAGCAGGAGCUGAAGGCAUGCAAGACCUCACUGCUCCAGGAGCCUCCUCCACCGGCCUGUACAACCACUGACUGCCCCCACAGCCAGGAUGCGGAGGCCCUGCGUGAAGCGGUGUCUCGCUGGGAGAACCAGGCCAGACCGAGGCAGAAGAGGCUGGCUGAAUUGGAGCAGCAGGUCCUGGAGAAGGCCAGCAGGGUGGAGACGCUCAGCCGACAGCUGGAGGAGUCCAAGCGCCACACGGGGGAGAUGCAGAGGCAACUGGAGGAGUCUAAGUGUCAGCAGGGGGAGGUGGAGCAGCAGCUGAGUGUGCGGCUCAGAGAUUGUGAGGAGGAGCUGGUCAAACAGGCCACCCGGCCCCAUCAGGUCAAGUAUGUGACUGAGAUAGUGGAGGUGGAGUCGUCAGACUCUCAGCAGGCCGUAGCCGAGGCCCAGGCCAAGGGUGUCGCCCUGCAGGAGCAGCUAUCACUGCAGAGACAGCUGCUCCGAGAGCUGGAGACACAGUUGCACGAUUCCCAGAGGACCAGCUCCCAGCUCCGAGCUCAGCUGCGUGCGGACCGUGGCCGUAUCUGCGGCCUGCUCUCCAAGGCCGUCGGAAGGGGCAAUGGCGCGGUCAUUUGCAGGUUGUCUAAGAUCCUGGUGUACGAGGGGGAGAUGGAGCGGGCCCAGGGCCAGUUAGAGGCUGAAAUGCAGAACCUGGAGGAGGAGAAGAACAGGGUGAUAGAGGAGGCCUUCAUCAGGGCCGAAAGUGAGAUGAAGGCCGUGCAUGAGAACCUGGCAGGGGUGCGUAUGAACCUGUUGACCCUGCAGCCAGCCCUGCGUACUCUCACCUGUGACUACAACUGUCUGAAGAGACAGGUUCAGGACUUCCCCUUCAUGCUGGAGAAGGCCAUCACCGAGGCCAAGCAGGAGAUCUGCCAGGUGAUAGGCGAGGUGAGCAGUGCCAACCAAGAGCUGCUGAGGAAGUACAAGAGAGAGAUGAACCUGAGGAAGAAGUGUCACAACGAGUUGGUGCGCAUCAAAGGUAACAUCAGGGUGUUCUGUCGGGUGCGGCCGGUGUGCCAGGGGGAGCAUGAUUCUGCCGAAAACAUGGUCAGCUUUGACCCAGACGACGAUGCCCUUCUCUAUCUUUCCAACAAGGUCAAACUGAUGACCUUUGAACUGGACAAGGUGUUCCACCCUCAGGCCACACAGGAAGAGGUGUUCCAGGAGGUCCAGUCCCUGGUGACGUCCUGUAUUGAUGGCUUUAACGUGUGCAUCUUCGCCUACGGACAGACGGGCUCAGGAAAGACCUACACCAUGGAGGGUGUGGCCAAGGACCCGGGCAUUAACCAAAGGGCUCUCAGACUGCUGUUCUCUGAGGUGACUGAGAAAGCGCCCGACUGGGACUUCAAGAUCACUGUUAGCAUGGUGGAGAUCUACAACGAGACCCUACGGAACCUUUUGGGGGACAUCCAGGGUGAGAAGCUGGACAUCAAGAUGAACCCGGACGGUAGCGGUCAGCUCUAUGUGCCAGGCCUCACGGAGUUCACUGUCCAGAGCCCUGAGGACAUCAACAGGGUGUUUGAGCUGGGUCACAUGAAUAGGGCCACAGCCUGCACCAAUCUGAACGAACACAGCUCCCGCUCUCACGCCCUCCUCAUCAUCACCGUAGCAGGCGUCAACAUCUCCACCGGGCACCGCACGCAAGGUAAGCUGAACCUGGUUGACCUGGCUGGCUCAGAGCGGAUUGCUAAAUCUGGGGCAGAGGGCAGCCGUCUGCGAGAGGCCCAGUGCAUCAACAAGUCCCUGUCGGCCCUUGGUGAUGUCAUCAAUGCGUUACGGAGCCGACACUCCCACGUGCCCUUUAGGAACUCCCGGCUCACCUACCUGCUGUCUGACUCACUGAGCGGGGACAGCAAGACCCUGAUGAUGGUGCAGGUGUCUCCCCUGGUCAGUAACAUGAGUGAGUCUGUGUGCUCUCUGAAGUUUGCCCAGCGGGUACGGACCAUCGAGCUGGGCAAUGCCACCAGGAGACAGUGGGAGAAUUCCUCCACCUCCUCCUCGCCCACCCACGACAGUGUGGAGCUGGACUCUCCCCCGGUGACUCCCGUGCCCCUCCCCAUCUCUCGGGCCAGCAGUGCCGGCUCCACCCUCUCUGCCUCCUCCAAAACCCCCACCACACGACGGAGGUCUCAGUCCCAGCUCUCUACAGACAGGCUGUUAGGCAGAGCCAUCCCAUUGGUGGGGGACUGUGGGCAGGACGACUGAAACUGUCUGUCUGAAGGCUCCAAUGGAUUCAGAAUGAAACCGGACCCUGAUCCAGUCAGCCAUUGGGCCAUCUGAACAGGAGGGUGUUAACCAGCACCUUGACCCACCAAUAGAAAGUCUCUGCUUUGGGAACAACCUAUCCACUAUCAGCCCUGUCUCCUUCUGCUGAUCUCACUCAGCCAAUGGGUGAGAGCAACUGGACGAGGCAAAUUAUCAGAUCUGACCAAUCGAACGGUGACAUUUUAAUUUGAAGAGCAGAGGGAUAAAGAGGGGGAUAUGAACUUUGACCCUCGUGGAUGGCCGCCUCAUGCUGCAUACCGAGACUCAGUCCCAAUGCUCUCCAGUUCUCAAUUUCUUCAUUUCCACUGAUAGCUGAAAGGAAUCAAUAGGUGUUCAUUUUAGCCAGGACUGUUGUACAGCCCCCCAUAUCUUAACUACGUGCCCUCGUCUAUACCCCUGAAGGAACACAACACACCAGACUUCCACACCUGACUAGGGGCCAAAUGGGAGGAGCACCUGAGAGUAACACAGGCCCGUGUCCAAAAAACAACUCUCUCAUAAAGAAACUCUUUACCCCUCACAGCCCAGAACAACUCCACACCACCUUUCACUCCUUCCCUUUGACCCUUAAACUGAGCCUGUGAUCUAUUCUCCCAUUGGCCAAUGGACUUCCUCAAAAUAAUGCCACACCCACACCCCUAGUGCUAACUAGUCCCAUCAUCCACUAACAGUAUAGCCCUUCUAAUCACAGUAUUUCUGGGUAAAAAUGCACUUUAAACAAGGCUGUUACCUUCUUGAUGUGUUUUAUAACAAUGCUCCAGUUACAGAUUAUGAUAAUAUGCAUAUACAGUAUAUGUGUGUUUUGAGAUGUUUUAAUCCCUUAAAUCUCCUUUGGUUGUUUUUUUUUGUUUUUUUUACGAGGAUUCCAUCCUGGUCUCCUUCUACACUUUCUCCCCCUCAUCCAAUCAGGGUACUCCACAUACAUGUUACUGUGGAGUACCCUGAGUACCCAAUAAGACGCAAGCAAUAGAGAUGUGAGUGCAGAGAGAGGUUAACUUCCUGUGUAGCCGUUUGUGUUUUAGAGGGCAAUACAGAGCUGCCUUAGCACUGCAUGGAAAUGUUCAUGUUAUCGUGUUUCUUGUACCGAGCGAAUAAAGCUAGACCGAUUCAAACGCCAUUCCUGUUAUUGGAUGCUGCCGGUUGGAGUUGCCCAGAGGCACAUUUCUAGGAUCAGAUUAUUCAAUAGGGACACAACACAAAACUGACCCUAGAUCUGCAUCCAGGACAGCUUUAUCCUACUCCCUAUGGCUGACCACAGGCAGCAAAUGACAACAGAUCGCCUCACGGAGCAGACACAUAUGUAGCUACAGAAAUUACUGCCCCUGCGGGAGUGAUUAAGCUUGUGAACUGUUUUUCAAAAUGCAUCCAGUGUAAAUAGGAAUGCUUAGUACAUUUGAUCAGCUGAUCGAUCAAUACAUAUCGGCUGUGCUUCUUCAAUGUUAAACCAAUGUUCCCUUCAUGUCCAAGGAACAUUGAGGACACGCUGCAUCAUGUUGGUUGUUGAUGGGUAUCUUUGCUUGCUUUUGUCUUCGUUGUAGCUGCCGUAGGUUUCUACAGUCUUGUUUUUGUACACCCUUUUUAAUAAACACUCGAUACCAAAUGGAA